AUCUUAUAUUAGACAACAUUUAUUUUAUAUUAUUAAAUACCCGAAACGGAAGUUACACAUGUUAUAUACACAUGUUGACCUACCUACCUUACGUUAACUGUGUUGUGACGCCUACCUGAAGCAGUUCAAGUAAAACAUGGACGAAAUCUCUUGGGGCGUCGUCAUGCCACUUAUUUAUUAUAGUGAUAUACUACCUACUAUAAUAGAGAUGUGAUGUUAUGUAGGCUAAUGUGCUAUCAAAUGUUACGUGGUAAAUGGUCGCGAACGUGUGGCUAAUAUCAUUAGGAAUAAUUGGCAACUGAUGUGUUUAUAAAGAGGCCUGUCGUAAUCUACUCAUUUAAACUUCUCUUUAAAGAUAAAACCUAUUCAUUUAGAUAACCGAUGUAGUGUAAACACUAAACAGCUAUAUGGUUUACAUGCAGUUUUAAUAGGAGUGUGAUUACAUGCACUCUAACCAAUUAGCUUUUUUCGAACGUAUGAUAUAUGGCUUCUUCUAAGAAGAACAUACAAGAUCCAUUAGAGCACAAGUGUAUAUAUACGAACCAGGUGCUGUCGAUAAGGUUGAUUAUUAUAGAGUUAUAACUCUGUAGAAAGUUGUUGAGUUGUUAUGAAAUCCUUUGCUACCCAAUUGGCCAAGAACGCUUCAGUUCAAGGUUUAGCGGAUGAUGCUAUUGACUUUGCACAAGCAUCUGGUGUUGUACUAAGAACAAUGCGGAAUGGAGAAGUAUUGAAGACUUCCACCCAUGCCCCAUUUACUCUGUUCCCAUCGUUGUUCCCUACAAGUGCAUAUCAUCUGACCAGGAGUAUUCAGAACGAUAUACAUUUAUUGUAUCACAAAGUCAGUCGGGACAUGGAAUUUCUAGGCGAGGUUCUAAAAAGUACAAUUGCUGCUGAUGAUUUUGUGAGCAAUCUUUUCGAUAUUGCGAAGCUAGCUCGGGCGAGCAAUGCGACACAGAAAGUUGAAAUUGGUGCAUACCGUUCCGAUUACAUGAUACAACAAAGCUAUUCGAAAAAUGCGUCAAACGCAGAGCUAUCUACUUUACCAAAACAAAUUGAAAUAAAUACAAUGUCAGUUGCUUCGUGGGGGCUUUCUACGCAUAGAAUGACAAGCCUUCACAAAUACAAUCUAAGAAAUGCAGGCAUAUCAUGGUUAUGGUGGAAGGAUGGAAAAAAUACGGAAAUCCAAAAGCAAUGUUUGUGUUUAUGGUUUUUCAACACGAAUGGAAUAUAUAUGACCAACGUGCAAUAG